GAUAAUAAAGAGGAAAUGUGCGAGGAAAAGGUGAACAGGAAGGAUAUGACAGGCAGAUACUUUAUUGAUACGAGAGAAGUAAAGCAGAGACCCAAAUUUAAUGACAUAAAUUCUGAAAAAAAUAUGAUAAAAUUGAACAAAGUAUCACAGGGAAAGCCGUCUAUACAAUAUACAAGGUGCCGUUAUGAAGAGCGACGAGCUAAGGCGGCGUUUAAGUGUGUUCCUGUGCUUGUCUUCACUGUUGCUCGUAACGUUUUGAAAUUUAGUAGAGCACCCAGCAGAAUGGCAGCACCAGAAGGCUCUAGUGUAGAAGUUCUCACAGUUAGCCUGAAUACCUUGCGCUCCCUGAGGAGUACUGUCACUCAGUUUUUGAAGACACUUGCUGAAGGACCUAAGUAUGAAAAUAACCAAGAUGGAGAAGGUGACUUAUUGGAAGUAACAACAAAGGCCAUGGGAGAGAUAAGGAAUAAAUUAAGAGAACUUGAAACACAAAUGGCAGGGCUUACACCAUCCUCAGUUCCAGUGAAUUUAGGAAACACUGGCUUACUAUCUCUGGAUCCAUCCCCUGACAAGUUGCCUCAAUAUUACCAGUUACUUGAUUGUUAUACAUAUAUGGAAAAAGUGCAUAGUUACUCUACAACUCUGCACAGUGUCCUGUCAGCAAAUAACUUGAAGAGAUCAGCUCUGUCAGCCAAGAGGAGACGUCCAAUUCAGUUGAACCACAAUGUACCACAACAGCAAGUGGAUAUGUUGAUUCAAGGAAUAAACCAGAUGUUUCAAGACAUGAACCUUACCUUAUCUCGACCAUUUGGGAACAAUGCUGUUGUUCAGGUUGCCUUGGGUCGAGUACUGAAGGCAGUGGUAACCUUCAAAGGUAUACUGAUAGAAUGGGUGGUUGUGCGAGCCCAUAAUGAAUCCCUGUUAGAUGAAGAUGGUAAGGUGGACUUGUACACUCCAUCUCAAUAUAAGGUGUUCCAGAAGGUCACUGAUAAUGCAAAUGCUGCCAUGCUGAAUUUCUGCUCUCCAGGCUUCUCUGAUCUGUCUGUCCGAUCAUUUUUUACAUGGCUCCACAGCUUUGUUUCACUCUUCACUGAUGUCUGCAAGAAGUGCAACUACCAUCUACACAACCACAUGCCCCCAACUUGGAGGGAGUUCCGGACACUAGAUCCAUUUCAUGAGGAGUGCAAACCUUGAUGCUUGUCAGUGUGGUACAUUACUGUAGGAUCAUCUGAAAUGUUGAUAGAAAUGUACUUUAUUAAAAUAUGCUUACUAUAU